AGUUGCUUCCAUCUCCUUCCUGCUUGUUCCUUUGGCGAACUAGAUCAAUUAAAUUGUGCACCAAGAUGUCUCAUCUCCUGACAAGCAUCGCCACUAUCCUGGAUGUCUUCUACCAAUAUUGCGGCCAAGAUGAGGAAUGUGACACGAUGAGCCAAAGCGAACUGAAAGAACUUCUGGAAAAUGAGCUGCAAUUUAUUCUGGAGAAUCCGGGAGAUUGUGAUACUGUGGAUGUCAUCAUGCUUAAUUUGGAUCGAGACCAGAACAGAAGAAUAGAUUUUACUGAGUUCCUAUUGAUGAUAUUCAAACUAACAAUGGCAUUCAACAAAACUUUUAAGAAGGAGUAUCGUCACGGCCACCAUGAGGAUCUGACUGAAACAGAAGAAGAGGAAGAUGAAGAAAAAGAAGAAGAUGAGGAAGAAAAAUGGGGGGAAUCAAAAUACAGAAAUUCAAGUAGAAAGACCAAAGAGGAAGAUGGGACAUCCAGAACUGGAAAAUCACAGGACAAAAAGAAAAUCAUGUACAGGUGUGAUUUCGGAGAGAGAGAGAAACAAAAUUCUCAACCUAACUCAAAGAAAAAAGGCUCAAAGAAAGCAAAUCAUGGGUCGAUUUUAAGCAAAUCAGGAAAGAGAAAUGAAGAUAAACAUGAAUGCAGCUCAAGCAAAAAGGGAGAAAGGAAACGGAAUUCAAGGACAAGGCACACCACAGUAAAGGGCGGAGAAACAUAUGAAACUGACACUGAGAUUUCAAAUGAACAGGGUGAAAAUAGAUGGAAGAGAACUCAAGAAAAUGGAAGUAAGAAAGCAGAAAAUGACAUGACAAGACAAGGUCAAUCAGUAACUUUUGAAGGAGAAGAGGAAAAGUAUGAAGGCCAGAGACAUGGAUCUAGUUCAGGUGGAAGGUUUUCAGCGAAGAAUAGUGCCUCUGGUGUUAAGGUUGCUGAGCCCUUUUCGGGGCUGCUUUCCACCUUUCAUGUCCACAUGAUUUACCCAACUCUCACCUGUGGCUCCAAGAAGCUGUAG